AAUGGAAUCAGACCAAUGAGAAGUCGACAACACAUCCUAGAAACCAACUCUGGUUUAUUUCCUUGCCCAAAACCAGGUUUUAGCUUUCUUUUAAACCGCUAUUUCCAAAAUAUCUUCUCUUUAAAUAAAGAGUGAAAGAGAGCACUACUCUUUCACAUUAUUAUCAUUAUAAAGGAAAGAAGAAAAACUUUCCUAAUUAGAUCAAGCUCUCUUGUUUUCUUUUCUUUGGAGUUUUUCAUAUAUAUAGUUUAUUUAUUUACGAGAAAUGGGAAGGGGUAGGGUUCAAUUGAAGAGGAUAGAGAACAAGAUCAAUAGACAAGUGACAUUCUCUAAAAGAAGAGCUGGUCUUUUGAAGAAAGCUCAGGAGAUCUCUGUUCUUUGUGAUGCCGAGGUUUCCCUUAUUGUCUUCUCCCAUAAGGGGAAAUUGUUCGAGUACACCUCUGAAUCUUGCAUGGAGAAAGUACUAGAACGCUACGAGAGGUAUUCGUACGCUGAGAGGCAGCUGAUUGCACCUGACUCUCACGUCAAUGCACAGCCGAAUUGGUCAAUGGAGUAUAGCAGGCUUAAGGCUAAGAUUGAGCUUUUGGAGAGGAACCAAAGGCAUUAUCUGGGAGAAGACUUGGAACCAAUGAGCCUCAAGGAUCUCCAAAAUCUGGAGCAGCAGCUUGAGACUGCUCUUAAGCACAUUCGCUCCAGAAAAAAUCAACUCAUGUACGAGUCCCUCAACCACCUCCAAAGAAAGAUAAAGGAGAGGGAAAACAUCCUAAGGACACAACAAACCCAAUGUGAGCAGCUGAACCGCAACCACGAUGUACCACGGCCGCAACCGCAACCAUUUCAACACCCUCAUCCUUACAUGAUCUCUCAUCAGACUUCUCCUUUCCUAAAUAUGGGAUCGGAGAAGAAAAGAAAAAUAGUAGUCGCGGCAAUGGAGGAUCUAUGGAAGAGGGCAAAAUCGUUCGCAGAAGAAGCGGGUAAGAAAUCUCAGACCAUCACCCAACAAUCCUCCGCGAGCUUCGUCAAUCUCGUCACCGAGACUGCUAAGAAAUCCAAGGAACUCGCUCUCGAAGCUUCUAAGAAAGCCGAUCAACUCAAUGUCUCCGAUUUCGUUGCCGAAACGGCUAAGAAAUCUAAAGAGUUCGCUGCCGAAGCUUCAAAGAAGGCGGAUCAGUUCAAAGUCGCCGCGCUGAAACAAGCUGAUCAGAUCCAGAACAUCAAAUCGAUCGCUGAUAUUAUCGGGUCCGGGUCCGGGUCAGGAUCUGGUUCAGAUGCAGAGCUUCUCGAAUUCGGUGUAACGGAUGAUUUGAGAGAGUUCGUUGAAGGCUUGACCUCUGCUACAUUUCAAGCUUUUCCUGAACAAGAUCAUCAACCUGAUGAAGUUGCUGAUGUGACAACGAAUUCUUCGAAUGUUCGAAAGGAUCUCUCGGAUUGGCAAGAGAGACAUGCCACUCUGGUUCUAACCUCUGUCAAGCAAAUCUCCAAGUUAAGAUACGAACUUUGCCCGCGAUUCAUGAAAGAAAGGAGGUUCUGGAGGAUAUAUUUCACACUAGUGAGUACUCAUGUUUCACCAUAUGAGAGGAGGUACAUGGAGGCACUUAAGACCAAAGCAGAACAUGAAAAUGAAGAAGCUAAGAAGGCUCCAGCGACUGGAGAGACAGAAACAGUGGAAAAGAAUGUUGCAAUCAGUAGAACAUCUACUGCGACUUCUGAGCAGGAUCUGGAUACAUUCCUUUUGGGAGAUCUCGAAGACAGUGAUGAAACUCCAGAUGAUGGUGAUGGAAGCCUUGAGGAUGACUUUGACAAGAUUGGAAAUUCAGAUGUUGAAGACGAGAAGCAAUCAACUAAAGCUACAACAAAUGCAGGAAACUAAGUGUCUUGUUAGUUUAACAUCCAAUUAGAAAAAGGUAAAUGAAGACGAUGCUUGAAAUGUAUAGUUUUGAUUUAGUAAGGGACGCAUAAGAAGACCGCGAUUUCGUAUAGUAAUUCAUUUGUUUUGCCAAACAGUCCUUUGGUUCGUUUUGUACAGCACUGUUACCGAUAAGUAGUCAAUUACUUUAACUCUAGACUUGUCUAGUCUUUUAGGUUCACCCAUCUCAAAUUCACAAUGAAAUCUAUUCACGCUU